GUGAGUUGCAAGGGGCGGAGCCCGAGGGGGGUCCAGCGCUGAGCGUGACCCGGCGGGGGCGGGGGCGGAAGUGCCCGAAGCCGGGGGCCGAGGAGGCUCCAGGACACCGAGUCGGCCCAUCCCCCCCCUCCCCGCCAGGGGCCGGCGGUGGCGCGGGGCCAGAGUGGCACCAUGAAGGUGAAGCUGAAGAAUGUGUUUGUCAUUUACUUCCUAGUGUCGGUGAUUGGGCUUAUGUACGCGCUGCUGCAGCUGGGGCAGCCCUGCGACUGCUCCCAGCACCUGAGAUCGGCCAGUGAACUAUUGCAUGGCAAGGACAAGAAGAUCUCCCAGCUGCUGAGUGAGGUGAAGCGGCUGCAAGCCCAUGGAAAAGGUUCCGACCUGGAGGGAGCAGCACUGCCCAUUAUCUAUGCCAUCACACCCACCUAUGCCAGGCUGGUGCAGAAGGCUGAGCUGGUGCGCAUCUCGCAGACCUUCCUGCACGUGAAGAACUUCCACUGGAUCGUGGUGGAGGACUCCCCGGUAAAGACCCAGUUGGUGUCAGAGCUGCUGGCCCAGAGUGGCCUGCGCUUCACCCAUCUACACACAGAGACGCCCAAAGAGCACAAGCGCAAGGAGAGCGAUCCCAACUGGCUGAAGCCCCGUGGUGUGGAGCAGCGAAACCUGGCUCUGCAGUGGCUGCGGGAGAACCGGGAGCUCAGUGAGGAGGGCAUAGUCUACUUCGCCGAUGAUGACAACACCUACAGUCUGCGCCUCUUUGACGAGAUCCGCUCCACCAAGCGUGUUUCAGUUUGGCCCGUGGGGCUGGUGGGUGGCCUGCGCUUCGAGCGCCCCCUGGUGGAGAAGGGCAAGGUCGUGGGUUUCUACACAGCCUGGAAGCCUAACCGGCCCUUCCCCAUGGACAUGGCCGGCUUCGCUAUUGCUCUGCAGCUGCUGCUUGCCAAUCGUGAGGCCCGGUUCGACUUGCUGGCCGAGCGUGGCUACCUGGAGAGCAGUCUGCUGCAGUCAUUGGUCUCCAUUGAAGAGCUGGAGCCCCGUGCUGACAACUGCACCAAGGUUCUGGUCUGGCACACGCGAACAGAGAAGCCCAAAAUGAAGCAAGAGGAGCUGCUGCAGAAGCAAGGCCUGGGCUCUGACCCAAGCAUUGAGGUGUGAGUGGCACCUGGAGCCACGGUGCAGGGAAGCUUGUGUAGUGAACUGGGCCAGAGCCCCACACAGGACAGCAUCAGGGUGGCCACCAGAGCAAUGGACUCGGGGACUGAACACCCCAGACUGCUUUAUUUAUUGUGACGUGCAGGGGCCCUGCCCCAACCCCUCCCCACUGGCGGAGCAGCCUCUGUUCCAGAAGCGCCAGUGCUGCCGAGGGAGCCCCCCCCAUCCUCACUACUGCUGCCUGGAAGUCAGACCCUCCCAGAGGGAGGCUGUGGCUCCAGGCUCUGUUCCCCUGCCCAGCAGCUCAGAGUGCUGGGCUAGGGGCCCUGGACCCACUGCAUGGCACUUGAGGAUGGCGGCUUUGGUCCUUCCCUGCUGGGCAGGGCUUCAAAGUGGGGGUGGAGCUGUGAGUGCGACACGACAUUCCCCCCCGGCCCACCCCACUGGCUAGUGGGCUGGGAUCCCUUCCCCUACUCCAGGGAGCCUUGUGUCCCCAUGUUGUGUGUGUGGCUGUUGCAUGAACAUGGUGGCUGUUACGGCAAUAAGCAUGUUCUAUCCUCAAUAA